GCUCCGCCCCUGGUGUUCCUGUUUUCUAGGUCUUUGUCCCCGGAACUUGCACUCACUCCUGGGUGUCCACUAGGGUUUUCUGCUCGCAUCUGGAUCCCAGUACGACUAGCAUACAGUCCAGUGUCCUACAGAAACCACGGCCUCUCCUCAAGUUUGGAAAGAAAGCAAGAAAAGAAAGGAAGAAAGAAGAAGAAAAAAACACCUCUCCGGCAACUUUUCCACCGUCUCCUCCCGUGGGUUAUACUUUCGUCGGGGCUGUGAAGCAGCAGUGUGAUUCUUGCCUGCAGUGAAACUUUUUUAUGUUGUAAAACUGCUGUUUUGUCGCUUUUUCGUGUUUUUUCGAUUGAGUCUGGAACUCGACUGUUAUCGCACAUACCCGUGCUUUUAAACGGACGACGUUUGAGCAGUGUUUAAGGUUAUUUUCGGUGUUUUUUCUCCUCUCUCAAAGUUGUUUCAGAGGUGGCCUCAGAGCUGCUGUGAAUGAAGUAUCUGUUGAGCUGAAGAAAUCAGCGCGUCUCCAUGAGGAAACUCAGCGUGGGAGUCGCUGAAACUUUGUCCUAGUUUACACACACCUAAGCGACUAUAGAUAUAUAUAUAUAUAUAUAUAUCUAUAUUGUUUUUACUUUUUGUGCUGGUAACUUGUUUUCACUGACACAACAUGAAGACGCUGUUGGUGUUGUGUGUAGUGUGCACGCUGGUUGUGUUGUCUGUGUCGAUGACUGCGGAGCAAAAGUUGAAAAACUGCAACGACGUCCGUGCGGCGUACAGCUCCAUGGGCUUCAACGUCAACGAUGUUCCCAACAAAGGAGUCAACGGAGCCCCUUUGAAAGUGUGUCCGCAGGGUUUCUCCUGCUGCACGGUGGAGAUGGAGGAGAAGCUGAGCCAGCAGAGCCACACGGAGAUCAAAGCUCCCGUCUCCAGGCUUAGCACCAACCUACAAUCCACCUUCAGACAGAGGCACGACCACUUUGACAAGUUUUUCCGUGAGCUUUUGAAAAAUGCAGAGGUCUCGCUGCACAACAUGUUCGUGCGAACAUACGGGAUGAUGUACGUUCAGAACGCGGAACUGUUCAAGAACUUCUUCAAGGCCCUGUCUCGAUACUACGUGUCCGGCAGCGCAGCCGUCAACCUGGACUCCAUGCUGUCGGACUUCUGGGCCGACCUCCUGGAGAGGAUGUUCCGACUCGUCAACGUGCAGUACGAAUUCAGCGAAGCCUACAUGGAGUGCGUCAGCCGGCACACAGAGCAGCUGCAGCCCUUCGGCGACGUGCCGCGGAAGCUCCGUAUCCAGCUGACGCGGGCCUUUGUCGCUGCACGCACCUUUGUGCGCGGCCUGACGCUCAUGCCCGAGGUGGUCAAUAAAGUUUCUACGGUCAGUGCGUCUCCCAGCUGUGUGCAAGCGGCCAUGAAGAUGUUAUACUGUCCCUACUGCUCAGGCCAAGUGGCCCUGAAACCCUGCCAGAACUACUGUCUGAAUGUGUUGCGUGGGUGUUUGGCCAACCAGGCCGACUUGGACGCCGAAUGGAACAACUUCCUCGACGCCAUGCUCAGUCUAGCCGAGAGGCUCGAAGGUCCCUUUAAUUUCGAGUCUGUCAUGGAACCCAUCGACGUGAAGAUUUCCGAGGCCAUCAUGAACAUGCAGGAGAACAGCAUGCAAGUGUCUCAGAAAGUUUUCCAAGGAUGUGGGCAGCCUAAACCAAGCAUGGCCUUCCGAUCCAAACGUUCUAUCAAAGACACAGGCUUUAACGGCCGCUUCCGACCUUACAGUCCCGAUGCAAGGCCCACUACCGCCGCCGGGACGAGUUUAGAUCGAUUGACAAAUGAUGUGAAGAAAAAGCUGAAACAUGCAAAGAAGUUCUGGUCCACAUUGCCAGAGACCGUGUGUGCAGGUGAGAGGAUUGCACCUGGGGACGAGUGCUGGAACGGAACAGCAAAAAGCAGGUACGAGUCAAUUGUCAUUGGCAAUGGACUGGCCAAUCAGGUAUCAAACCCUGACGUGGACGUUGACAUAACGAAGCCAGACAUUGUGAUUCGCAGUCAGAUCGCAGCUUUGAAGGAAAUGACGAGCUGGCUCAAAGCUGCGCACAGCGGCAAUGACAUCUCUAUUGAUAACGAUGAGGAUGGCAGCGGAGGAGAGGAAAGCGGCAGCGGUUGCGACUCGCCAUCAUGCGACACGGACCGGGACAUCUACUUCUCCACUCCGCCAAACCCCGGCAAACCCCGGGUUGUACCAGUAAUUGUGAGAAAAGAUCAAUCAGCUGGGGGGGUCGCCUCACAGGGAAGCAUGGCGCUGGCGCUCUGCGGGCUGGCCCUGGCCCUGCUCGCUCCCCACUUAAGAUAAAACUGGCUGGGCAGGUAGAGGAAGAGAAACAACCAGGAAAUGACGGAGCGAAGGAGGAAACUGUCAGAGAGACUUUAAAAAGACUGCCUUCAGGACCUUGGACUGUCCGCCUUUGGGGGGAAAGACUCUUCUUAAUAUUACAAUAACUUCACUUUUAAUUAUUUGUUUGUAUGUUUUUAAGGACAUCAGUGUACAGCAAUACGAUUUUCUUCCCAAGAAAUCCACCUUUUAUCCCCCAGAUAAACCUUUACUCCUUAUCGCUCUUUUGGAGCUCCACUAUGCUUCUGCUUGCAGCGUUACAAACAUCAUAUAAUUGACUUGUUUUGGCAAUUUAUUCUCAUAGUACAUUAUUGUGCCUUCUUCAAUGAUUGCCGUCUGAUAUCUAAAAAGCAAGCCGGAUGUUUGGUUGAACAUCGAAUGCCUGUGGUGCGACUCAUCUUCAUAUUUCUGAGGAUCUUCUUUCUUUCCAUGAUCAACAAAUCAUGUAAUGUUGUUGUGAAUGUUAAAUAUUCAUAAGUCAUUUGAAUGUGCAUACUGUGAAUGUGUGUGUCAUUUACAUACAUCAGCCAGUCACAUCUCAACUAAGGAACAGUUGGAGCUUUUGUUCGCUUUUGCUUUGGAGAGACGUUAAAAAUGAUUCUCAGAAAUACAGCGAGAGACGUUACAGCACAGGAAUUUAUGUUUGACCUGGAGAUGGAAUCCUUCUUUAGAAGAGCUUUUUGGGGCGCUCCACAAGCCCAAACAUGCAUAUUGUAUGCCUGCUAUGAGCAUUAUCACAACUUUUAACUUCCUUCAUUAAUUUCUAAUUUAACUUCCUCAGUGUAAACAGUUCAAAAUAAGGUCAUACCUCAUGCAUGCGUGCUGUAAUUGUCAAUGCAAGCUGGUGAUGUUGAGUUGAAAGUGUCUGAUAGAGUUGGUCAAAGGUAACUGACGUGGAAGGAGGAGGACUCCCCUGGCAUUAACCCUAAAGAAGGCAAAGCUGACAAGUCCUGAAUGGUACUGUAAAGCUCAGUUCAGCACAGAGGAUCUGACUCUAUGCAGUCUUACUUGUAUGAAAAGAGAAGGUGGCGACAUGUAUGUUCACAUUAAACUAGAGAAGAGGAACAAAAGACAGUGCUUUGAUCAAACAAAAUCAAGAAAAGAUUAUUUUAAUACAGGGUUUUAUGUUGAAGAGGUGUUGUAAUGUUUAGCUAUUUUUGGUAUGAAGAUAUAUAUUAGGUACUACAUUGGAUUUUACUGCUAGUUUUAGGUGGUGGAAGACUUUUGGUCAGUGUGCACAGUUUUUUGGUGCCCGGUUUAUUUCGCCCGCAUCCCCCGUCCCACAAUACACACUCGUGCCUCUUAAGGGGCCUGUGUCGGUAUAAAUGGACUCAUAUGAUCUACCUAUCCUCAUCCUUUCAACUUGAGGUGGAAUGUUGAAGUAUUGUCACAAGUGCUACCAAAAUGAAUGCAAUGUAUGGUGCCUGAUCUUUUUUUUUUUUUUUUUUUAAUAACCUUGGUACAUUAUUAGCAACUUCUUGAGGUAAAAAAAAAAAGACUAGUUGUUGAUGAUUUGUAUCUAUUGUCUGCUCAGAUUCCCUGUCGGGUUUUUUGAGUAUUUUGUUACCAGCUGACGAGCACAACAUAAGAUUCUUUCUGUAUCUUCUAAUUUGAUAAUCGGGUCUGUAAGUUGCCAUUUCAUCUUUAAAAGGAUGCUGCCUCGUGUAGCUUUUGUACAGUAACUUAUGCAUGUAUUUGAAUGGCAUUGCAAACAUGCUUUUUGAACUGACAUAGAUGAUCCAAAAUACAGUAUUCAGAAUGUUUCGAUAUGAAAGAUUUAGGUGAAAAUUAUUAAUUUCUAAUUGAUUGAAUUGAUACAAUUUGGGGGCUUUUGAAUAUGCAUUUUGUAAAAACAGAAAAAUGGAUUGGCUUGUGUCACCUUUGUCUGCAGGUCUGAAACCAUUGGCUGCAGUUACCGAUGUUGUAAACUGGACACAACCUUGCUGCCUGCUGUUAGGCUUUGAAAUUGACAGGUUGAUUGUAAGCUUACAUGAAAUUUUCUUUUUUUUAAGGUGAUGUUACUAACUAAAAACAACGAGGACAUCAAUUUUAAGAAUCUGACAUCAAAAGAUUCGAUUCAAACAACUAAGCAACCCACAUAAAAUACUGAAGCCUUAAUUUAAAAAUAAUGAAGCUGUUGUUCCGCAGCUUGAUUAGGCAUUACCUCUGCAUAUGACCGGUUCAGUUCAUCUGAUUGUUGUGUUCCGCCAACAUUUCUACGAGGGCUUGUGCAUGCGUUUGUGUCAUGUGGAAGAAGUUGUGUCGUGUGAAGAAACCCAACUUUCUGAGAGUCAGAGUUUCGGGUGACGAUGGUAAAUGUCUGUGCUUGCGGGCCAGGGCAACAACAUUUUCCGGCUGGCAGGAGUUGGUCCGGCUGCUGGAUGUUGUUCAUUCGAUCCACAGAGCAACUUCAGUGCAGUGACUUAAAAGUUGAGUUGGACAGGUGUCUAAAGCCUUCCAUCAGCCUUUGGCCCACAACAACAGAAAGGACUCAUUUUCUGAAGAGAGACUGAGUGACUGACUGAGAAGAAUAAAAAAAAGUGUAAAUAAAGAGCAGCCGGUUUAGAUGUCUCUAAAAGAGGCCGUAACAGUACACCAGAUUUUUACUUGUCAGAGUAUCUCCUAAAUGUUAUGGAAAAACAAGAUGAGAUAGAUGUUAAAUUGUAAGAGAAAAUGUAUAUUAAACAACAUUUCUUAGUCUUGUAAAAAUAAAGACUGCCAAUAUUUAAA